UCGGCAACUUCCGGCCGUGGAGGCGGCUGGGGGAAAAUGGAGACGAUUUUGGAACAGCAACGGCGCUACCAUGAAGAAAAGGAGCGGCUCAUGGACGUUAUGGCCAAGGAAAUGCUCAUUAAGAAGUCCACGGUAAGCGGCCGGAAAGAGGACGACUGCGCGAGGGAGGGGAGAAAGAGAAAAAAAAAAGCGGCCACAUCCGGGAUCCUGCCCCUCCUCCUCCUUGGGGCCCCUGCCAGACCCCAGGAUUCCCUCCUCUCGGCUAUCUUCCGGGACCCCCACGUUCACUUCGGGGAUGUACAUCCAGCGGAGCUCCGGGACCAGAUCAAUUCGGACCAUCGCACGCGGGCUAUGCAGGACAGGUAUAUGGAAGUCAGUGGAAACCUGAGAGAUUUGUAUGAUGACAAGGAUGGAUUAAGAAAGGAGGAGCUCAGUGCUAUUUCAGGACCAAAUGAAUUUGCAGAAUUCUAUAAUAGACUGAAACAGAUAAAAGAAUUCCACCGGAAGCACCCAAAUGAGAUUUGUGUGCCAAUGUCAGUGGAAUUUGAGGAGCUCCUGAAAGCCAGAGAAAAUCCUAGUGAAGAAGCACAAAACUUGGUGGAGUUCACCGAUGAAGAAGGAUAUGGCCGUUACCUGGAUCUUCAUGACUGUUACCUUAAGUACAUCAACCUAAAAGCAUCUGAG